AUGGCUGAGAUAUUUGGCACUGUCGCUGGCGCCAUAAGCAUCGCCGGCCUAUUCAACAACUGCGUCGAUUGUUUCAACUACAUCCAGAUCGCCAAACAUUUCGGCCAAGACUUCUCGCGCUAUCAACUCCGGCUGGAUGUCGCCAAAUGCCGACUAGCAAGAUGGGGAGCAUCAAUCGAUAUCAACAGUGACCAACGAUUCAGCGUCAUCGAAUCAUCGGAUCCCACAAUUGCUUUAGCACAAGGCAUUCUGGAAGAAAUAGUGGACAGAUUCGGAGCCGCAUACAAGGUCUCCAGACGCUACAAGGCCACGACGGAAGAACAAGGCCUGGAUAUUUGCACGGAAGCCGAUCUUAGUGCAGUUCCGCAGCGCGUACAUACUCGCUUUGACGUGUUUACUAAACAGCGGUAUAAAAGCUUGGGGUUGAUGAAAAAGACAGGCUGGGCUCUCUAUGAUAAGAACUAUAUGGGAAGAAUGAUUGAUGAUAUUAUCGCGUCAAUUGAUGAUUUGGAAAAGGUCUUUCCUAGCACCCCACAGGUCACACAUCAAUUAGUCGAGAUGGAAAUUGAGGAGGUAAAUGACGAGCAGGAGCUGAAAUUGAUCAACGAUGUCGCUGAGGGCUUAGAUCCUGUGCUAUCUAAGGCAUCUAAAGAUAAGAUAGGGGAAAUUGCUGGCAGAAACACUGCUGGGAAGAUCACUGGACCAGGUAGUGUCAAUAUCGGCAACUCAUUUGUGACAGGGUCGUUCUCAAAUUCACAAGGGACUCGGGUUAGUACAGUUAACCAUGUGAAUGAGGUCAAUACUACAGAGCCGUCAAGAGUGAAUAUUGGUAAUACCUGGGGCGGCAAGGGGUUUUGGGACUGA